GCACCAGCCAUGGGGCAGACGGAGCACGCAUCCUGGAGGAAAGUCGAGAGAGAGACCCUGAAAUACUUCAUCGAGGAUCCCAGCACCGGCACGCUUUACAAGAGGGGCCAACUUUUGGGAAAGGGGGCAUUUGGAAGAUGCUACAAGUUCACGGAUACAUCGACCAACAAAGUCUAUGCGGUGAAAGUCGUCUCUCAAUCCCGGGUCUCCAGGCUGGACAACAGGGGGAAGGUGGAACGUGAAAUUGAACUGCACAGCCAGCUCAAGCAUAGAAAUGUUGUGGGCUUCCACCGACAUUUUGCUGACCAGGAAAAUAUCUACAUGGUCCUAGAACACUGUAGCCGAAAGUCUUUGGCACACAUCCUGAAAGCCCGGAAGACGCUGACAGAGCCGGAGGUCCGGUUCUACCUGAAGCAAAUCAUCUCUGGCCUACAGUACAUCCACCAACAAGGGAUCAUCCACCGGGACCUGAAACUGAGUAACUUUUUCAUCACAAAAAACAUGCAGGUGAAGAUUGGAGACUUGGGGUUGGCGAUCCAAGAGAAACAGGCUAACAGGAGACGGGGAGUUGUAUGCGGUACCCCCAACUACCUGGCUCCUGAAGUCAUUGCUAAAAAGGGGCACUCGUUCAAGUCAGACAUUUGGGCUCUGGGUUGCAUCAUGUACACGGCACUGACUGGCUGCUCCCCAUUUGAGAUUACCCACAAGCAGGAGAUGUAUCAGCGUAUCCAAGAGGGCCGCUAUCCGAUGCCCAGUCACCUCUCACCCAGCGCCCGAGACCUGAUUGGAAAACUCCUGGCUCCAGACCCAGCUGCCCGACCUAGCUUGGAGGAAGCCCUCAACCAUGUAUUUUUUACCCAGGGCUUCACUCCCUCCCGGCUCUCAUCUCGGGCUUGUCAUUCUGCACCCAUGUUCACUCUUCCCAACCCUCUCAGCAAAUUCUUCCAGAAGGCUGCCAAGGUUUUCUUUCGGGGAUCCCCCUGCCAAGAGUCAAGAACGGUGAGCCCCACCCCCCAGGAAGCAGAAGAGAGACCCCUGCAAGGAUUGCUGCAGUGCCCACUGGAACAGCAUCCCAGCCUGGAACCGGAAAAGGAGAGCAUAAACCUCCUGGAAGACCCCAGUAGCUUCCCUGUUCAUUUGCUCAUGAAGGGAUCCUUGAACAACAACUGCGCCGAAGCCCAAAGAGAUGCUGAGUGGAACCAGGGUGGCAUUGUGGACACAGUCGACCGAGUGCUAAGGACUUGUCUGAAGAGGAUCCCUCUGGCUGCGCAGAACCCAGAGAACCAGCGACGCGUGGGCCCUGUUUGGAUGGUCACCAAAUGGGUCGAUUAUUCCAACAAGUACGGCUUUGGUUACCUGCUGUCUGACAGGUCGACAGGGGUGCUGCUUGCGGACGGAACACAUAUCGCCCUCUGCCCUCGGCGCCAGCACGUUGGCUACUGCACGGAAGUCCAGGAGGCCGUGUCCUUUCCACGGAGGGAGGUGCCCCAGUCCCUGACCAUGAAAAUGGGCAUUCUGCAUUUCUUUACUCAAUACAUGCAGCAGCGGCUGAUGGAGGGUGGGCACCAGCCAGCAGAUCCAGCACGCUCCACAGAUGACGACGUUCACCUCCUGCAUUUUGCAAAAUCCGACGAAGCCUUGUUGAUGCUUUUCAGUAAUGGGACCCUGCAGGUCAACUUCUACCAUGACCGCACAAAGAUCGUCCUCAAUCAACAAGCUGGAGAGUAUCUCUUGACGUUUGUAGACCGUCAACGCCGGAGUACCACAUUCCCCAUGGAGACCCUGGUGCAGGAAGGGUGGACGCUGCCCCUCCGGGAGCGGAUGGAGUAUGCCUUGCGCAUGUUACACUGUCUGUAGCGAUCCCUCAUCCCUGGCAGCCGGAAACAGAUGCAGGAAUGUGAAGAUCCAGCUGCGAGAUUCUGCCUCACCUGAGAUCUGCUUGCCAGCUCAUAGGAUGGACUCUUCACUCAUCCGUGCCACCGUUUUCCCCCUCCCCAAAGAGGAAAAGACUGGCAAUGAGGCUCAAAUAUUUGGAACAUGAACUCUGCAGAGUGCUAUUUGAGAGUCUGUGGAUGUAGUCAGUGAUGGGGAAUGUGUUGUCGAGCAGCAAAUAUGUAAAGCGAUGGAAUGCGUGUCACAGGAAUGCCCUCAACAUCUGGGCAAGAUCUCUGUGACCGGAAAGAUAAGUGGAAGAGGAGGGAGAAUGUUGCUGAAGCAACGGUGAAGGGCAUUGGAUGCAGGAGGGGGUGGGUAGUGGAGAAAGCAUGGUGUAGCGGUCAAGAGCAAGUGGAUUCUAAUCUGGAGAACAGGGUUUGAUUCCCCACUCCUCCACCUGAGUGGCGGAGGCUUAUCUGGUGAGCCAGAUGUGUUUCUG